AUGACGGACCCCCGGCUGUGUGCUGGACACGGGAAGCCUAGCCUGUCCUUUUCCAUUGAGGAAAUCUUAAAGAAGCCUUCUGCCAGCACUGCCCUGCACAGUGGAACCAGGAACAGAAGUAGCUACGCUGAGAGACCUCCGUCCCUAAAAGCAGGGUCACCGGUGGCCUUCAAUUCCAGCAGCCGGAGUCAGUCUGACUGUGACUUACCUUCAGCCAAAAUGCUUCUUCCCACCACAUGUGCUACACCCAUGGCCAAAGCAAGGAGAGUGCAGGCAACUCACUGCAGAAGACCUACUGCAGUGACACCUACGGUGUCCUUCCUGGGUGGGGACACAGGACGUGAACGUCUGGAAGGCAAAAGAAAACAUGAGGAAGAGGAAGAUCAGCGAUGUGGUUUCCCAGUGGACCAUUCACGUCAUGCUGAGAGGAAAGGGAAACGAAGAAUCCGGACAACGUUCACAGCUGAGCAGCUGCAGGAACUGGAGAAAAUUUUCCAAGUGACUCACUACCCGGAUGUCCAUAUUCGCAAUCAACUGGCAGCAAAGAUAAACCUCCCAGAAGCCAGAGUUCAGAUCUGGUUCCAAAAUCAGCGAGCAAAGUGGAGGAAACAUGAAAAGUUUGGCAACUUUGGUGGCCUUCAGCAUCUGACAGAAGUUGAUUUUGUUCCUGCUCCCAAGUCAGAUAUCACAGCUCCUAGCUUGAUGCCAAGAAGGCUCUCUGCUUCCUUUCCUGCCAUGGGAUACUACUCACCACUGCAAGGACAGCUGACACCUGCCUGGCUGCCCAGCACGCUCUCCUUCUCUCCCUACCGCAUGGAGCUGCUGCCCUUCCCAAAACCACACUUGCUCUUCAAUGUCCUGCCCCCCUACAGCUCGCUGCUGCCCCGCAAGCUGGACAGGAGCAGUGUCUGUGCCAGCUCCUCAUAG